UGGAAACUAUAGGAGAUGCUUAUAUGGUGGUCUCGGGAGUACCGAAAGAGAACGGGAUCAAUCACGCUGGGGAAAUCGCCAGCAUGGCGCUGGACUUGAUCAGUGUCUGUAACGCGUUUAAAAUCCCACACAAACCCACCACACAGCUUAAGAUACGAGCUGGCAUUCAUUCAGGUCCCGUUGUAGCUGGGGUGGUUGGCACCAAAAUGCCACGGUACUGCUUAUUUGGCGACACUGUAAACACAGCAUCCCGUAUGGAGUCCACCAGUGAAGCUUUAACGAUCCAGUGCAGUGGCUCUACAGCAGAUCUUCUACACACACUUGGUGGAUAUGUGCUGAUGUGUCGUGGGUCUCUCAAUGUGAAG